AUGCGUCAAUUACACCCAAUCCUAUGGCUUACUUCUUUGAGCUGUCUCGUCGCGGCUGAUUCUUGGUCACCGCCGGACGGCCCCUCUCUGUAUGGAAAUGGCUCCUACGCCACGGACGUUCUUAUGCUGGCGGACAAUGAGACGUGGACGAACUACCCGGACAACGAGGGAUCUUCUGGCAAUAGGACCCACACUUUCAAGAAGCGUGCUGAGGAUUUCUACUUGCGGAUCCUUCCGCUCGGUGCAUCAAUCACCAGGGGCGUCUUCUCGAGCGACAACAAUGGCUAUCGUAAGGCGUUGCGCGAACAACUAAGGUUUGAGGGCUGGAAAGUCAACAUGGUUGGGUCCAAGCAGGAUGGCACUAUGGCUGAUAACGACAACGAAGGCCAUCCGGGCGCCUGGGUGCACCAAGUGAAUGAGAAAUUUUGCCUUUCGUCCAACCAGAAACCCAAUCUCGUAUUGGUCAACGCUGGAACGAAUGACUGCGAGAACCGCCAGGACCCAGAGACUACAAUCAAGAAUAUGAGGACAAUGAUCGAUGAGAUAUACAAGACACUGCCGGACACAACGGUCAUCCUCUCGUCUCUGGUCAAAAGUGGAAAGGACGAUGGCAUCAAGGCCUGCGCUGCAGCCGUGAGCCAAGGAUAUCGUAACCUGGUCUACACGACGUAUCGUGGCUACAGAAUUUCUUAUGCCAAAAUUCACGAUGCCAUAAGUCUCAAUCAGAUUGGUGAUGGAACGCAUCCGACUGAUGAGGGCUAUCCCAUCGACUGCUACAAGGCGACAGUACAAUGCAGUCGAUGGGAUAGGCUCUUUGCUUCUGUGUGGGUGGCUGCCAUCAAUCGAAUCGCGAAGAAGAUCAAGCCGCCACCCAACGUCGAGACGGUCAAUGAUGCCGAGGUCACCAAAACGACCAAAUGCCAGAAAAUCCCCGGAACUGCUCGACGAGUUCAAACUCAACGAGGUAGUGGACACGAUGAUGGGAACUAUGUUCACGAUCGCGUUGAGCGAGGAAUUAUCGAAUCAGGAAAGAUCAUCAAGUACACGAGUACAUCUGCCCCAGGAUCCCCCACCGAUUAUAUGUUCUUUGCGAACAUCGUCAAGGGUGACCCGAACUCACCACGUAGUGCAUCACUCGAUGACCUUGUCUACGCGACCAUCGAUGAAAGUCAGGAGUUUACAUGGAUGUAUCGUCGAAACUUGGGAGCAGGGGGCUCAUUUGGGCCAACAGUGGAGUUUAAAACGGACCUCGACUGUGGCGUAGACGAUACUUAUGCCUUCGGAGACUUCAACAACGAUGGCCUGGAUGACUUCUUCUGCAUCAAGCCCGGGGCUGCAGUGUGGGCUUCAUUGAAUAGGGCUGGCACACCACCGGCCUUCCGAUCUAUCGGCCAGGCAACUACUAAGGAUUGCGCCCUGCAGAUCAUCGGCCCCAGCGACAGAACGCAAAGAGAGGUUCGCAUGGCGGACAUUGACGGCGACGGGAGAGUCGACUUCUGCCUAGUCAGCGAUGAUGAUGUCAAGUGUUCCCGAAAUGGCGGAAAGGGAGACGAGCAUUUCUGUCAAGGGUUCCAGACUGCAAGUGGUAUCAGGGAAACUGUGUUCAACGCCAGGAGUGGGCCGUUGUCGGGCGUUGAACUUGCCGACCUGAAUGGCGACUACCGAGCGGACUUCCUGUACGUUGGAGACAACGGUAACGUGGACACGUACAUCAACCAGCGCGGAUCGGGGAAGGGUAUUGUCCCUGACUGGCGAAAGGCCGGAGUCACGCAUCCCGGUCAAGCGGCGACGGGUGUCCGUGGCAACAUCAAGUUUGGCCGCAUCUACGGAUCCGGUAGGCUUGAUUACAUUUACAUGAAAGAGGAAGAAGAAUGGUUUGAUAUGAUUGUCUGCGAAAACCAGGGAUCGGGGGGCACAAGACGCAAAGGUGACGGCAACUUUUACUGCGACAUGCGCGGUACUGGCGCUGAUGAUCUCGUUUGGAUCUACUACGACGGCCGAGUGGAUGAGAUCAACACCAGCAUCCAUUCCCCACCGAAUUGGGGUCAUGAUACCUCGAUCACGCUGACAGUGCCUGGGCCCCGGACGGGCAUUCACUUCGCUGAUUGGACCGGAAACGGAAGAUGCGAUGUGCUUGUCCAAAAUAAAGCUACCGGGGCUCUGACAUUAUAUGAGAAUAAUUACGAUGCUGGCGCAAAGGCACUCACGUUCAGCAAUCGGGGCGUGGUCGCAAACACUGGCUGCACAGAAGGCUGGGGAGUGGGUAUAUUUGAUAGGGGCAUGCGCUUGGCAGACAUUGAUGGCGACGGGCGAGCCGAUCCUAUUUGUAUUGAGAUAAGUGGCCGCAUGACUGCCUGGCUCAAUAGACAGAGUGGCAUUUUCGAUGCUGGCCAGAUCAAAUUUGCAGAAUCAUGGGAUCGCGCUAAUAUACGCUUUGCCGACGUGGAGAACUCCGGGAGGGCUGACAUUAUCUGGAUGAACAAAUACACUGGAGCCAGCACAGUCUUUAAGAACAAUGGCUACCAGAGUGGUGGUGCCGCUGGAGGUUCUUCUUUCUCUUGGACAAACCGCGGCGUCCUUUACAGCGGCGUUGACCGCGGAGAAUGUUUGCACUUCGCGAACUUUGGCGGGCUAGGACGAGCUGAUCUCAUCGAAGUCGACCCUGCAACGAAUACAGCAUACACCAACUUCAACGAAUGCGACGGAAGCGGCGGCGAUGAUGGCGCCGUCAGUAACCCUGGAUUGCCAUCAUACUCAACCAAUGAUCCGCUCAUCCUCUGGGAUUAUGCUCCUGUGUAUGCUCAAGACAGCAACCCACCAUACCCACCUCUCAAGAAUGACGAUGAGUCCGACAUUGCUAUUGAAAACUUGCGCGAGACUCGUCUCUUUGGAUUUUAUCAGUGCGAUACUGAGACGUUCAGCAACAUUAAAAACGGCUGGCGUGACUUCAACCGCCUCAGUUUGAUGGACCGCCUGUCGAGCAAUAUCGACUGGAACAGCCAGGGCAUCAAUGAGUUCUUCGGUCAAGGCGACCAGAAGACACUGUCUGACGACAAGAAGAGGCAGAUCCAGAACAUCCUCUACUACACCUCACAGAUGUGGACCCAUUGGUGGACAGACUGGGGUCCUCCUAACUACAUCGACUCGUGGCACCUCGGCGAUGGUUCCGGGGACCCCGAAAACUACUGCGGAGACAAGGAAAAUCCUUCUGAAGGAGGUCCCGCUGCCUUGAUAACGUGGAAAUGGAACGAGAACCGCUAUACGCGGGCGCUUGUCUGCAGGAAGUACACCACCCUGGGGAAGGAUCUGGACGAUCUAACAAGAUACAUGAACACAGAGAAGACUGCAGAAGACCGUCUGAACUUGGCGAAUUGGGAGCACGCUAGGGGAGGGUAUUGGCUGCACGAGGCGACGCAUAUGGAUUAUUUCAUGAACACACCAUCUUCGGGGUCGGGACCAGUCGUUAGAGACCUCCUUGUCGACUACAGUGACGGUCGCGGAGAAAACAAAGCCUACGGUAUUGACAAUGCUAAGAGAUUAGCCAAUUACGAUCGUCACUUCACACCCGGCGAGUAUACGCAACAAAACUCCGACAACUACAGAUUUUACGCCAUGUCCAAAUGGGUGGAGGCCAAUUCUGUCGAGAGGACCUAUCCCUAUAAGCCGAGCGUCAAUCCUUUUGCGAUGCCUGUGUUCCCGCCUAAAGUUCCCGAUGAAGGGUAG